GUCAAAUUUUCGGUCAUAAAAAAAUUUCUUUUCCAUUCCUGGGGUGCCGAAAAAAAUUCCCACAAAAAUUUAUUAUAAUUUUCUUUUCUCGAAUUUAGUUAAUAUAAAAUUUCUGAAAUAAAAAAACUCUUCCAAAAACAUCUACCUCAAAUCCAAUAUAAUGUUCGAAGAAGCUGAUAAUUUUGCGGACAUAUUCCGUGGUGGCCUUCCCUAUUAUCUUCUAAUUACUUUACCAAUUCUAAUUAUUUGUUCCUCGAAUCCAGUAUUGGCAUCUAGUGAAUUCACCGUCCAACGGAUGUCCCAAUUUGAUGUUAAUGGUGUUCCCUAUGGUUGUCGCGCAUCUGCAUUAACACUGGAAGCUAAGUCCUUGUAUUCUUGGGGAACGUCAAGGCAUUGUGUGGUGACAAAGUUCCAAGACAUGACAAUAGAUCAGUUUAGAGAGAUUCGCCAAAAAGCAGGCGGUUUGGUUAUCCUAUUGCCAAACAACAUUGCAUCGCUAUCGGCUGAAGAGAAAGAGCAUUUAAUUCUACUUGAGCAAGCAAUGUUGGCUCAAGUCUCAUCAAUUCCUGUUUACUUUUCUACCUACAACAAAGAUCUAGAUCAGGUUAUAACCGAUAUAACAAAAGCAAGUGACGCAUCCAAAGCUGCUCAACAAGCUGCAUCAGCUGGAAAAAUUGAGCGUCCUUCGGCACUUUCUGAACUUCUCAACAUGAUAUCAGCAAAUGGUUAUCAAAUUGUUGUAUCUGGUGCCAGUCAUGCGGCAAGCAAACAAAGUAAAAUUCCAAUUAUUCAAGGAGAACUUGCACCAACCAAGAAUAUGAAAGCUGCUGAAAUUGAAGUGAAUACAAAGUUGCCACUUAUUAUUAUCACAUCGCAUUUAAACACAUUUGGACUUUAUAAUGACUACCCUCUUAACGCCGACACUGCUGUUUUGUUAACUCUUGCUGAUCUAUUCAGUAAGCUCCAUAACACAGUUAAUACAGCUCCCAAAUUUCGUUUAAUGUUCUUGCUCUCGGAAUCAGGUUCAUUCUUAAACUUUCAAGGAGUCAAGAAAUGGCUUGAUGAAAAUGUUCAACUACAGAAUGUUGACUUUGUACUCUGUUUGGACACAAUUACUCAAGCUUUGAAUACAGAAAGUGGAGCUAUGUAUAUGCAUGUUUCGAAACCACCAAAAGAAGGAACCGCAAUGAACAACUUCUACAAACUACUCAAAUCAGUUGGCCAACAGCACAACAAUAUAACAGUUGAUGGUGUCCACAAGAAAAUCAAUUUAGCCGAUGUCCAGCUGGCCUGGGAACAUGAACGUUUCAGUAUGAAAAGAUUACCAGCUUUUACUCUAUCUAGUCUCAAAUCGCCAAAAGAACCCGUCCGAACGACCACAUUCAAAGACGAUACAAAUAAAAUUCUCUCGAGUACUCAACAAAAUACCAAAGUUAUUGCUGAAACACUUGCCCGAUAUAUCUACAAUGUAGAAGAGGGUGAAAUAUUCUCCGGUGCCAUAGAUAUUAAUAAGAACCUUAUUAAUUCGUGGAUUAAUAUUAAAUCAUUACAACAUAAUAACGAUCUUAAAAAUGCUUUUGAAAAGUAUUUGAAAAACGUUAAAAUCGUUUACGACAAACCAGACGUACGAGAACCCGAUUUUAUGCUCUACGAGGGACAAGAGGCUAACCUAUACGUGUACCGAGUGAAACCAGCCGUAUUUGAUCUGUUUUUAACAAUUCUAAUUGCGGCAUACUUGACAUCAGUAUACUUUUUUAUUCAACACUUCCCAGCGCUGUACACAUUGAUAUGUAAAAUGACAAAAAAUAUUGCACCAUCAACAUCCAAAGUUAAGUUAAAUUAAGUUCCGAAGUGCUUAAGCAAUUUUAAUAAAUAAGUUAAAAACAAACAAAAAUAAAUAAAACAACAAAUCAAUGAAUCCAAUAUCAGAAAAACGUAGUAUAGUUUAUUUAGAUUCUAGGAACUCGGUAAGACUCUAGAUGAAUUGUAUUUUUCGAAGUAAUGUUGUCAAAAAUAAAAAUUUAAAUUAAAUGAAAAAAAAAAAUGGUGGCGGCACCAGAUUAGUCCUAUUUCGUUGUCAUUUAAAAAUAAAAACUUUAUUAAUUUAAUUCAAAGAGUGGUGCUGGUAACAGAAACCAUUUAUGUAUUUAAGAAAAUAAAUUCUAUACAAAAACUUAUUUAGAAUUAAAUACUCGCUAAUUAAAACAAAAACAAAAAACUGUUAUGCGCAUUUUACGUUCUUUAAAACAAAUCCAGAUACUGCUCCUAUUUAGAUAAUAUCUAUUUUCUCUUGCUUAAUAUUUGAAUAAAUAUGUUUUUUCUUUCCAA